GUGCCGGCCGAGCGCGGCCGCCGCCAGUCGCCGGCGCGUCCGGGGGGCACAAAGGCCGCAGCAUGGUCCUGGUGCACGUCGGAUACCUGGUGCUGCCCGUCUUCGGCUCCGUGCGCAACAGAGGUGCUCCCUUUCAAAGGUCUCAGCAUCCCCAUGCUACCUCCUGCCGGCAUUUCCACCUGGGUCCCCAGCCUCAGCUCUCCGCCGACUUUGCCCUGCCUCACGCGGUGCAGCCACAGCCGGGGCUGGCUCCCCAUAUGGCCCCCACGCACCAGCACAGCGGCGCCCUGCACCAGCCCCUGGCGCCGGUGCCCGCCCUGCCCUUCCAGGACGUUGCUGGGCCCUCCUUCCUACCUCAGGCGCUACACCAGCAAUACCUCCUCCAGCAGCAGCUCCUCGAGGCACAGCACCGCCGGCUCAUGCCCCAUCCCAGGCGGGCCCAAGAGCGCAUGUCUGUCCAGCCUCACCGCCUACACCCCAGCUUCGACUUCAGUCACCAACUGCAGACUCCACAACCCAUGGGUCCCCAGCCCAGGUAUUUGGCAGAGGGCACAGACUGGGAUCUCAGCGUCGACGCGGGGCUGACUCACGCCCAGUUCCAGGUCCGGCCGGUACCCCAGCCCUAUCAGCAUUACUUGGCUACACCUCGGAUGCACCACUUCCCCAGAAGCACAUCCUCAACCCAGGUGGUUGUUCAUGAAAUCAGAAAUUACCCUUACCCUCAGCUUCAGCUGCUUGCUCUUCAGGGACUGAACCCAAGCAGGCACACAUCCGCUGUGCGGGAGAGCUAUGAAGAACUGCUGCAGCUGGAGGACAGGCUGGGCAGCGUGAGCCGGGGAGCCGUCCAGAACACCAUCGAAAGAUUCACUUUCCCCCACAAGUACAAGAAGAGAAGACCACAGGAAGGCAAAGCUGAGCAGGAUGAUGGCGAGGAGUCAGAUACCGAUGAGAAAUGCACAAUCUGUCUGUCCAUGCUUGAAGACGGAGAGGAUGUCAGGCGGUUGCCCUGUAUGCAUCUCUUUCACCAAGUGUGCGUGGACCAGUGGCUGGCCACCAGCAAGAAGUGCCCAAUCUGCAGGGUGGACAUUGAAACACAGCUCGGCUCAGACAGCUGAAAAGACUAGCUGGACACACCAUUUUCCUUACCAGGUCGUAUGGCCAUAAAACCUUGCAGCAAAAUUUUUUGCCUUCUGAGCCAUUUGAUUGAGAGGGGAAGUCUGCAGGCAUGGUAGUGAGGAGAAGGAGGAGGUGAUAUAAUAUCUAGCAGUAGGAGUUAUUGCACAUAUACGCAGGAUACAGGCCCAGUGAAAGGGAGCUGGCAUUCCCGGAGCUCAGAGACCCCGUGCUGCAGAAGAUUUUAGUGUUGAAUAUGAAGGAACUAGUUGUGAUAGUCCGGCCUGUCAAUCCUGCUUUUCAUGGGGAUUGUAUAUAUACCUCUCAAAUAUGUAGAAACAUGUUAGGGGUCCUUUAGCUAUUUCUAUGGAUGGCAGCUGGAGCAUGUUAGCUUAAGAAAUGUUGUGUUUGAUGCCCUACUCAUCUUGUGGUAGACAUGUUGCUGUUACCUAAUUUGCACCAAAUACUUUUUCAUAGAUUCCUUAUUUUGGUGCCUGAUUAAUACAUUGCAGAGAGGGAAUAAAGAGGUCAAACAUCCCCAUCUUUGGGGUGGGGGAAAGAGGAGAAAAAGCAAAAUCCUGUUUACAGUCAGAAGGGUUUGUGCUCUUUGCCUCAGCCGCGUGUGCUUCUUUCCCUUGCAUUUACAGUGUGUUGCAAAUCUAGAGAAGCUUAAUAAAAAUAAAAAUUGGGGAUAAAAUGAACGAAGCAAUAGGGAAAAGCUUCGUUCCUGCUUGUCUGCUGGUGCUGGACACUUUCUGUAGCGGCACAGUAUUUGAGUAGAUGCUGUUUCUUUGCUUUCUGUAUUUUAACAAAGUAGCUUGUCAUAUCAAAAUCCAAGGAAGUUCUGUCUAUAUGA